AUGGGUCUCGCACUGGCUGACACACCUGACGAGGACGAAUUUGGUGACGUUGAUGAUCAAGACUUUCUGACAGCUGAAAAGUCUAAUCCAUCCUUCGCAAUCCCAAAGACCAUUCUGUCCAAGUACUGGAAUUUUGCGGAUUUCCGCCUAAAGCAGGCAAACGCAAUUUCCCGACUGUUAUCUGGCAACAGUGCAGUUGUUGUGUUCCCCACGGGUGGUGGUAAAAGCCUUGUGUAUCAAAUACCAGCAUUAUCAUUUGACGAAUAUGACAUCCAAUGUGGCCGGCCUGCGGGUAAAGGAGUCACCCUUGUAGUCAGUCCACUGAUCGCUUUGAUGAAAGAUCAAGUUGAUAUGCUGCGAAAACGUGGUAUCUCAGCGGCUGCCAUGGAUUCCAGCCAGUCAAGAGAAUCAUGGCUGGAUGCAAGCGAAAAAUUGCGCAAUGGGACUUUGAAGUUACUGUAG